GCAAUUUUGUUCACCCUCCCUUAAAGAGAGUGAACAAAACCCUCUCUCUCAUUGGCUAAGAGAAGAGGGGGGACCACUAUUAACUCUUAUUAACCCAACCCAACCUAACCCAAGUCAGCUUUUGUUUCUUAAUUUCAAAAAAACCCCCUGAACAAGUUUUGCCUUUUCCACUUCUCCCCCUCCCUCAUGAACACGCUUAUUUUCUCAUGUUUUAGGAGUAGCCGAAAAAAGCCCUAAUCUCAAUAGAGAAGAACACCGAUGUCAGAAGAAGAACAAAUUGGGGUCGUAGAUGACUCCGUCGAACAGAGCUCUGUUCAAGCUUCGGAUGGUGAAGCCCUAAUCUCUUCUCUCUUGAAGACAAGAACGAUGAUGACAGAAGAAAAAGAAAUUAAUGUUGCUAUUGAAAUUAAACCCGUCGAACAGAGCUGCCUUCAUCUUCCAGACUUGAUGAAAGACUUUGAAUUUGCAGAUUUUGUGAAUCUGGGUUCAAGCAAUGAUAAGAAAGCUCAUGGAAUCGAUGAAGGGGAUAAUGGGUCAGUAGAUAAGGUUGAGGUUAUUGUGCCACAGUGUGGAAUGAUUUUUGAUACUGCGGAUGAGGCUUACAAUUUUUACAACAGAUAUGCGAGAAAAAUCGGUUUUAGUGUUAGGAAACAGAGGACAAACAAAAGUAAGGCUGAUCAAAAUAAAAUUUUGCGACAAGUACUUGUUUGUUCAUGUGAAGGGACAUACAAAAAAAUCAGGACUCCUAGGAAAAGAAGAGAAAAUCAGCAAUUUGAUUGCAAGGCAUUGCUUAAGUUUAAACUGAUUGGGGAUAAGUAUCAUGUAAUCCAGUUCAUGUCUGAUCAUACCCAUGAUCUUGUACCACCUCAGUUUGCCCAUUAUUUGAGAUCUCAAAGGAGAAUCGAGUUUUCCCAAGUUGGACUUAUCAACAAAAUGCACUCGUCAGGGUUCAAGCAAUCAGAUAUUUACUCUUACAUGAGUACAAAAGCUAGAGGUCCUCAGUAUCUUAACUUCAUACCCUCUGAUUGUUAUAAUUUGAUACAAAAGAAACGGGCUGGAUUUUUCAAAAGGGGCGAUUCACAAUGUCUUCUAGAGUACUUAAAGCAAAAAACUCAGGAGAAUAAGCAUUUCUUCUACUCUUUUCGCACUACUGAUGAGAAUGAAGCACGUGGUGUUUUCUUUUGUGAUGCUAAGUCAAGAAGGGAUUAUGGUUUAUUUGGUGAUGCAAUAUGUUUUGACACAACAUUUAGGACAAACAAUUACGAUAUGUUAUGUGCACCAAUUGGUGGCAUCAAUAAUCAUGGACAAACCACACUCUUUGGAUGUGGUCUAUUAGAUGGCGAAACAACGGAUGCAGUAACGUGGUUGUUUACCACUUUCUUGGAGGCCAUGGGAGGAAAGAAGCCGAUAUCUAUAUUUACGGAUCAAUCUAGAGCAAUUGCAAAUGCUAUUCGUGCUAUGUUUCCAGAUUUUCAUCAUGGAUUGUGUAUAUGGCAUAUCUAUCAACAUGCUGCCAAACACUUAUCCCAAGUCUUUGCUGGGUUUAAAUCAUUUACAUCACGAUUCAAAGCUUGCAUAUAUGAUGGAGAGACAAUUGAAGAAUUUUAAGAGAGUUGGAAAAAGUUACUUGUAGAUUUUAAGCUCACCGAUAAUGUGUGGUUGCAAAAGUUGUAUGAGUUUCGAGAAAAGUGGACUCAAGUUUAUAGUCAUGCUUAUUUUUGUGCCGGAAUGACUACAACACAAAGGAGUGAGAGCAUUAAUAAGUUUUUGAAGAAGUAUUUUGGGAGUACCUUUGUUCUUCGGGAGUUUGUCGAUCAAUAUGCUAAGGCCAUAGCUAGUAGGCAUGAAAAAGAAAGGGAAGCUGAAAUAAGACGCAGCAAACGUCACCGAUCUUAGUUUCUAAUUGGUCUGUCGAGUGUGAAGCAGCUGAAAAAUACACGAAAAAGGUGUCUACUUAUUCCAAAAAGAAUUCCAACAAGCUUUGGAUUUGUCUUUGAAUUUGAAAAACAAUGAUGGCACAAUUAGCACAUAUAUUGUUAAGGAGUUGGAGGGUUGGAAAAAAUUUCGCAAACUUGUAUGUAAUCCCUUGGAACAUUCCAUAUCAUGCACUUGUCAAAAAUUUGAAUUCCAUGGCAUUCUUUGCUCACAUGCAUUGGAGUUAUUUCGUCACUUACAAUAUGAAAGUUUGCCUCCUCGGUAUUAUUUGAAGAGAUGGACUAGGAAAAUUGUAGAUGAAGAUGUUUUUGACCUUCAUGGAGAUUUAAUUCCGAACGACAUUGAUCCUUCACUCACGAUUCGUUAUAGUGGAUUGUCGCAAUUUGUACAAAGAAUUGUAAGUAAGGGUUCGAAGUUUCUAGACAUGUCUUUUUUAACUGAGGUUGGAUUACUAGAGCUUGAAGCAAAAGUUGAAUCAUGGAUAAAUUCUAGGUGUGAGAAUCAUAACGUUGCAUCCAACGCACAGAAUAGUUCAACCUUAAAUGUGGAUGACGAGGCACCGUUGUGUGAUCCAACAAAGAGACAAUGUCGAGGUCAAGGUAACAAAAGAAAAAGAGGUUCAUUAGAAGAUAAACUGCCAAAUAAGAAGACUCCAUGUAAAAGAAAGGAUAAUUUUUUAACUUUUCAGGUAGCAAAGGGGAGGACUUCACAACCAAAGCAAUGACUAGAUCUAAACCAUUAAAGGAGGUCGAAGAAGAUGAAAAUGCACAUGAUACUACUCCAACCCAAGGCCCACAUGUGGAGCAACCAAAUAUGGCAGCGAAUGUUGGCAUGAAUGCAUUGCAAGUACCCAAUGUUGCUGGGUGUUUAUGAAGUUUAGAUGCACACUUCAACUGUAAUUUUUUGAAACUUGACAUUUCUCACAGAAAAGUUGCAUUGCAAGUAAUGUUUUGAAAUUGUAAUGUCUUGAAUAGUAAGUUAUAUCCUUGUAGAACAAUAGAUGGCUUUAGUAUAACUUUUGGAAGGCAACACUGAUAUAGCUUUCUGUAGUUGCA